AUGUCGUCACAUCGUUCUCCUUCAUUCAGAAUAUCGGUUCAUUAUCCCGACUGCAAUGAUUCGGAAUUCCCCACAUUUCAGCAGCUCCUGCGCAAUCAAGAUGCAGCUGUAGAUCUAAUAUCCAAAAAGGCCGCUUCUCUACCAUGGAUCGGUCCAUCCAAGGGGGGCUUCAUCAUUAACGAGAAUGGAUAUUCUCGUGCUUAUGUCAAUGCUACAAUUCUUGCAAAAGCAGAUGCCUUUGGAAAAGCUACAGUCGCCUAUGAGGUACAUGGGGAUAUCCUCAAGAAAUAUGUGGCCAUGGGUAGAGAUCGAAGUAAACUGGGUUGUCCAGUCACAGAUGAAUUGUGGACUUCGGAUCGUAGUUGUCGCUUUAAUACUUUUACUUCAGGUGCGAUUUAUUGUAAUGCUAAGACUGGCACUUGCGUGGUGCAUGGUGAAAUUUAUAAGAAGUGGGUGGCGAUGGAGGGAGCGGAUGGGGUUAUGGGAUACCCAAUUUCUGACGAAACCUUGACGCCUGGCGGAGUAACUCGCUUCAACAUGUUUUCACAUGGUGGAGCUAUAUAUUAUACCGUAACUCGCGGGGCAUUCUGGAUAUAUGGAGAUAUCUACAAGAAGUGGAUGGCUACGGGUGGUGAGCUGGGCGAAUUAGGAUAUCCUACAUCAGACGAGGAAUUUGCACCCGAUGAAGUGUGUCGUUUCAACCGAUUCUCUGGCGGCGGAGCGAUAUACUCAACCCCAGAAUACGGCGCGGUCAGAGUAUCUGGAAAUAUCUACAAAAGAUGGAUAGCUCUCGGAGGAGAACGUAGCUAUUUAGGCAUCCCCAUCACCGACGAAAUUGCCGGAAAAUACAAUACUCGCUACAGCGAUUUUACCGGAGGUUCAAUAUGGUGGCACGCAUCGAUCGGCACGCGCGAAUUUUUCGGAAGAGACACCAAUUACAACAUAAACAUAACCGAGAUCUUCAUCAACGAGCUCCGCUCCUCCCGCAUAGACACUCUCUACAUCACAGCCUCCAUCGCCACCGCAUCCGGCGGCGUGAAAUCCGUAGCCCUCCCCCUCGGCGAGCAAUCCGUCGGCUUCGCAUAUCCCAGCCUAACCCUCCACGCCUGUCCCAUCAGCGACGAAGAAACCGUAACAUUCACCUACCUCAUCAUCCACAACAACUCCAACUCCCGACCGGACGUGCUCAAAAAACUCGAAGUCGCCAUCCAUCGACUCGGCACCGCCGCUAUCGAAGAAAACUUCAUCGCGUCGCGAUCUAUGCGUAAAUCGUCAAUAGGCGAUGCCAUCGGUGCGGCGAUGAGCACAGCACCCGUGCCGGUGAGCGAACCGGCUGUGAGGCCGUUUGAGGGUUGGGCUGAUAGUGAAGGGUUGGGAAUGCCGUUUUUGAAUUGUGAUGGGGUGGUGGCGGCGGAGGUUACGACGCUUAAGGGGAGUGAGGUGAAGGCGCAUUUGUCGUUGGGGAAUACGUGGAAGGUUGUUGAUAAGCAUAAGGGUAUGAAGGCGCCGGCUUGGUGUGGUCCUGUUUCUCAAUAUCAUGUUUUGUGGAAUGUGGAGUUCUCGUAG